UGUUUCUGUCACCCGCUUCAUUUGCCUUUCUAUCGCCACAAGAACACAGAGUGAGAGAGAGCGAUUUGCUCACUUCCGAUAUCGUUCGGAUUUUGCUGCUUCUUCAUCGUUCGGUGGCUUCUUCUUCAACCGAAGCAACGAUGAUGUCGGUGAGGGCAAUCAAUGGUUGCUCCAUCAUUCGCGCAGCCACUUCCGGCGGCGGCCCUCCCGUCUCCUUAUUUCGCCACCGUAUUCAGCGCCUUAGAGCGUCUCAUCUCCGUGAAUUCUCAAAAUUAGGGUUAGAUUUUCCAUUAAUCCGCGUGAAGAGGCGGUUUCUCGGGAAUAAUGGAGGUGGUGGUGCUACGAGCUGUUCGUCUUGCAUUCAUAGUCUAGUCGAAAGCGUUUCCGAAGAGCUCGAAUCCAUCAACAGGCGUAAGCGAAGCCGAUUAAGAGUUCGUGCCAGUGUUAAGGUGAAAUUAACAAGCUAUGGAGAGGUUCUGGAGGAUAAGCUAGUGAACCAGGAACUAGAGGCGGGCUGGCUUCUGGAGUUUAAGAAGGACGCAGACAGGGUAUUGUUGGCAGUUUCUCAUAGACGUGAUGGAAAGAAGAAUUGGAUGGUCUUUGAUCAGAAUGGUGUUACUUGUUCCAUCAAACCCCAGCAAAUUACGUACAUCGUCCCGGGUGUUUAUAAUUUUGACCAUACAGGACUUACUGAUUUUCUCCAGAGGGCUCAGGAGAAUUUGGAUCCCCAAUUGAUUGAGUUUGCUUGGAUCGAGUUACUUGAGAAGAACAAACCUGUGACGCCAGAAGAGUUAGCAGAGAUGAUAUAUGGUCGCUCAGAUUCUCUUGAAAGCUAUUGUGCUCAUUUUUUGCUGUCACAAGACGAGAUAUACUUUUCUGUCUUAGAGUCAAAAGGUUCUCGAUCAAUAUAUAGCCCCCGGCCUACUGAACAGGUGGAAGAGCUUUUACGAAGGCAACGCGUGAAGGAGGCAGAAGAGAAAGAGUUUCAGGAGUUUAUUCAAUUGUUGAAGUCUGCCAAGAAGGCGCCUAUUCACGCCAAGCCCCCCAAAUCUUCAUGGCUAGCUGAUGAUAAAUUGCAAGAUAAGAUUGGCUCACUUGAAGCUUAUGCUAUUGAUGCAUGGGCAAGCACUGACCAGCGGAAAUUGGCUGGAACGAUCUUAAAAUCCAUGGGGUUACAGAAAACGUCUGUCUCGGCACUAAACCUUCUCGUAGAUAUUGGAUAUUUUCCUGUACAUGUCAAUCUUGAUCUGCUUAAGCUGAAUCUUCCAACCCACCACUCAGAAGCUAUCAUUGAAGCUGCUGAAGUUCUUCUCUCAGAAUCGUCUGAUGUUGAUGCGGUUAGGAGGAUUGAUCUCACACACUUGAAGGUUUAUGCUAUUGAUGUUGAUGAGGCUGAUGAGCUUGACGAUGCCCUCAGUGCAAUGAGAUUGCAGGACGGACGGAUAAAGAUCUGGAUACAUGUUGCGGAUCCUGCUAGAUAUGUUACACCUGGGAGUAAAGUGGACAGAGAGGCAAGGAGAAGGGGAACUUCUGUCUUUCUGCCUACGGCUACUUAUCCAAUGUUUCCUGAGAAACUUGCCAUGGAAGGAAUGAGUUUAAGACAGGGGGAAAACUGCAAUGCUGUCUCUGUGUCCGUUGUCCUGCAUUCUGAUGGCUGUAUUGCAGAAUAUUCAGUAGAUAACUCUAUCAUCAGACCGACCUAUAUGUUGACAUAUGAAAGUGCUUCGGAGCUGCUUCACUUGAACCUAGAAGAAGAAGCUGAACUGAGAUUGCUGUCUGAGGCAGCUUUCAUUCGCUCCCAAUGGCGCAGUGAACAGGGUGCAGUGGACACAACUACAUUAGAAACUCGUAUCAAAGUGGUGAAUCCUGAGGAUCCAGAACCUUUGAUAAAUCUCUAUGUAGAAAAUCAGGCAGAACGAGCGAUGAGACUUGUCUUUGAAAUGAUGAUUCUUUGUGGGGAGGUUAUAGCAACGUUUGGGUCUCAGCAUAAUAUUCCAUUGCCAUAUAGAGGACAGCCGCAGUCAAAUAUUGAUGUAUCUGCAUUUGCGCAUCUUCCAGAAGGACCCGUACGUUCGUCAUCCCUCGUCAAAGUAAUGCGUGCUGCAGAAAUGAAUUUUAGAUGUCCUGUUCGACAUGGAGUGCUUGGAAUUCCUGGUUACGUUCAGUUCACAUCUCCCAUUCGUCGAUACAUGGAUCUUACUGCACACUACCAGAUCAAGGCUUUUCUUCGAGGAGGUGACAAUUUUCCUUUCUCGGCUGGUGAGUUAGAAGGUAUAGCAGCAUCCGUAAACAUGCAAAGCAAAGCAGUGAGAAAACUCUCAAACAGCGGUCUCCGCUAUUGGGUAAUAGAGUUUCUCAGAAGACAAGAAAAGGGAAAAAAGUACACCGCAUUGAUCUUGAGAUUUGUCAAAGACCGGAUUGCAUCCCUUUUGUUGGUUGAGGUGGGUUUUCAAGCUACUGCGUGGGUGUCAGAAGGAAAACAAGUGGGAGAUGAAAUCCAAGUUCGAGUAGAAGAAGCUCAUCCCCGCGACGAUCUUAUUAUUUUCAAAGAGAUUAUCUGAAGAAAUUAAAAUCACAUAGUUCCCGGGAAAUUCAUCAAAACUCAGAUUCUCUAAAUAGGGAGAGACCUGAAACUGAUAGAGAGCUUGUGUUUGCAAGAGAGGUAACUAAUCUUCACUCAUAUUUGAACUGUGGCGCUGAUAGAGAAGUUUUUGUUUCUGCAUCCUAAGCCUGUCAUAGACAUUAGUUUGCUCUUUUGGUGAUAAGGAAACUUGCUGAUGGACGCAGCCAAUGGUGGCUCGAGCUAUGAUCUGCUUUAAGAGUUGAGCUCAUGGUAAUAUGGUACGUAGUUAUAGGGUUCAUACAGUUUUACAUCAUUUGUUAUUAUCGGUCAAUAUAGGAAACUUGCUUUUGUUCUGUAGAGCACAUGAAAAAAAGGGAAUGUGAAUACACAAUUUCAAUGUUGACUUUGAUCGAUCUAAUGUCUGAAACAACACUCGAAGGCCUUGAGAAAAAGUAUCCACUUGAUAUAUUAA